CGAGUACCUUAAAAAACUACAGCGUUGAGGUUCAUUUCGCCCAACGUCUGGCAGCGAGUGAGAAAAAGAUCCGAGACAAAGCUGUGAAGAGAUUGAGAAGUUGGAUCACAAUAAGAUCGCAGUCGGAGAAAAAUGAUUUUUCCGAGGAUGAUCUAAUGAAGAUUUGGAAAGGAUUGUUUUAUUGUGUUUGGAUGAGUGAUAAACUACUCAUACAGCAAGCAUUGGUAGAAAAUAUAGCAACUCUUGUAUAUUCAUUCAAAUCACAAAAAUCAGUUAUGUUGUAUAUAAGGACAUUCUAUAAGACAAUGAUGAGAGAAUGGCUGGGAAUUGACCAUCUAAGAAUAGAUAAAUAUUACAAGUUGGUGAGGAAGAUGCUGAAUCAUAGUUUUGAAAUGAUCAAGAAAAGUGAAUGGAAACCAGAAGUUAUUGAUGAAUUUGUUGAUGUAAUGAAGACGACUGUUUUGACUCUGACCCAGACGUUACAGUCCCUGAUGGUUUACGAUUCCACAUGGCUGAUAUUUAUUUGGUUGAAUUAUGUAAAGUAGGAGGUAACCAGUUAUCCCCAGAAGAAACUUUAAAAUUCCUUGAUCCAUUCUGCGUUCUUGCGGCAAAAACAUCAAAAGCAGCCUUACUCCGAGUGAUUCUCAAUGAAAUAUUCAGGAAUGGAAUCCUCCGGCAGUCAGACAUCACAAUGGCAGAAAAGGAAGAUAGAGGUGAGAUGAAAGCUGAUAAUAAUGAAGAUGAUGAUGAUGCUGAUGAGGAACAGAUGGAACAAGAUGAGGAGAAACAAGACAGUUCGAAGGAAAAAACUAGAAAAGCAAAAUUAAAGUUUGAUUAUGGGGCUAUUGCUGAUAGGAUAUUUGCAUUGUCAAGUGAACCAAGUGUUCUUGGUAAAAAUAGAAAACGACUUUACCAAAUGGUUCAAAAGUAA